CCACGGGGUCACGAAGGCACGGCUGCGAACGUAUUAUACGAGCGAAGGCGACGACCAGGGACCAGCGACGACGAUUGUAAUGGUUGGAAUGGGCCGAGCGUAAGUCGUUCAAGUCGCCCGAAGCUGUCAAGCUGCGUCACGCAGUCGUAAUCCAGCUCUUCCGUCCAUUCCCGUUUUUCUCGAUCGACGACGCGGCAGAUUUUGCGGAAGGUCACCCACCUACCACGAUGAGCGACGAAGGAUUCGAUCCCUGCGAAUGCAUGUGGAAUCACAUGUCCGUGCAACAUCUGCUUUCUAUCUUACGACAAUCCCAGGAUUAUUGUUCGGAUACUGAGUGCUUCAGCGUGUCGAGAUUUCCAGGACCGCAGACGAAUAUACGGGAAUGUUCAGACUUCCUCUUUACUUGUUUAAUUAUUGGCUUCAUCGCUCUCUUGUACGCAUUUAGACCGAGAUCUCUGCGACAUUCGACCAGGAAUGUUAUCAACAAGAGCAGCAAUGAGCCCGGUUCACAUGGAGACGGUCCGCCUUCGCCGACGGUGAAUUAAAUAGUGCAGUGCAAUAUCAUCAAGGUUUUAUAUAUCAAGAUCUGCGCUAAACUUAUAACAGAAAUAGGAGACGGUAUGAUAUAUAAAUAUGAUAUUAAUAAAUCUAACGCGCGUUAGCGAGAUAUAUCAGUUUGAUUUUUAGAGAGAGAGAGAGAUGUAACCUCCUUACAACUUGGUAAUCUCAAUUUUACACGAUGUAUCGCACGUAUGCGUCUUUCUCUUUAAACUCUUUCUCUAAUAAUCUCGUACCGAGAUUAUAUGUAUAAGCAUGAUAUAAAAUAAUUUUAUCUCGACUUUUUAAAAGAUAGUGAAGUUUAACGGUUACAUUUAACAUGAGAUCUUUAACGUUCUAACAUGUUCGUUUCUUGAGAGGAUAAUAACGGUAAUUAAUAAAAUAACAAAAAACUCGCUCACGCGCAAUAAUAAUAAUGUAUUGUACGCGAAUAUAAUUUAAAAUUUUUACUAUGAAAACGAUAAAAAGAUUAAGUACCUGCGAACGAAUAGUCAUGUAAUGAAAUUA